GGGCACCUUUGGCGCCGCCAGGCAUAUCUUUCUGGGUGAGGAGUGGUGUGGGAAUGUGCGCGCAUUGGAAAAUCAAGCGCUGCCGUGGCACUGCUUCGAAAUCAGCCUUUUGCCAGAGCGAAGCCACUUGUGCUCGCGCCCGCCGUCGAGGAGGAUUUGUGGGUUCUGUUCUGUGUUCUGGCUAUCGCAGAAAAAAAUCCCACACACGCACAGGCUCGUUUGUGUAUGUGUUUGUGCUGCAGUGGAAAUGAAACGGCAAUAAUGUGUGGUCGCCGCGGAGCCCAAAAUAUGGCAGCAACCGAAAUGUGAAUCCGGAGAUUGUGGAAUACGUUUUUCCGCCAUCCCAGAGUGCCUCAAAUGAAAACUGCAGUUUCCGUGUAGUAAAACGAAUCGGAACUGAACCGAUCGGGUCGAAUCCAAUCGGUUUGGAAAUCUUAAUCGGAAUUGGGGGUCGAAAUUUAGGCGCUAGCAAAACAGUGAAAAAAUAGAGAUAUACGAAUACAAAUACGGGUAUAUUUUAGUGGCUGUGGCAAGGCAUAAAUUCGUAUGUACUCGUUGCUCCUAAAUACAUACAGACACAGCGCCCGCGCCCGCGCCCGUGCCCCUGCCCGUGUCCCCUCCUUGCCCACUCACACCCCUGCUCCAUCGAAUACCCUUCCCACCCAGCCCCCUCCAUUAACCAACAACCAACGCUGUCAAAACCAAAGCACACUGCAUGUGUGUGUGUGUGUGUGUGUGUGUGUGAGAGAGAGUGAGUGAAAAUAUUAACGGAAGCGCACAACACACAAAAAGGAGAUAAAUAGUGAGAUAGAGAGAAGAGGGUGGAAAGGAGAGAGAUAGUGGCUAACUGUUAACAAAACAACAACACAAGCUGAUUUUGUGAUAAAGCAACGAUCCAAGAUCCCCCCAAAAAUACCCGCCACAACGACAGCACAACGUUCUGUUGAUAGUGCAGUACGGUACAAGUUGCAGCUGUUGCAACAACAACAACAAAAAUAGGAACAACAAUCAGAGACAGCAGGCGAGACCCCCGCAAGGAAAGAGAGACACACAGAGGGAGAGAAUCACGCAUACGCCCCAUGAGCCCGACCUCCGUUGCCGCCAAUCGAAUCCCACAAAAGCGUUCCCACACACACACAGACAGACGCACACGGGAGUGAGUCCGCCGUGUAAUGACUAGCAAAAGAAAUAAAUAAAAUUCAACCAAAAAAUUGAGCGAGAGCAAGAGCGGGAGAGAGCCAGCUCCAGCUGCUCAUAAAUUUCGUAACGCUUUUGGGUGUAAGUGUGCCCCUUGGUUCAGGGCACGCAGUGAUUGAGUCGUUUGUAAUUUGUAUGCCGUAAAUACAACAAAAUAUGUAAAUGCUAAGGGCGCCCACCCACCCAACACCACCCAAAGCCAGACAGCCAGCCAGUCCAGCUAGCCAGCGAUCCCACGCACCAGCCAAGGCACGGAGCAGAGCAGGAGGGUGGAGCAGCAGGUGAAGGAGAGUCAACCUAUUUAGGAAUGCGAGUGAAUUUGGCGUUCAAACUUCCAUAAAAGAGACAAAAGAAUCCCCAAGUAAGCCGAAGAUCAAGCCAAAAAAAUAUUUGCUUCUCCUCAAGGCAUGUAAAAUCACAAGUGGAAGGAAAGUUGAAGGAGCAUGUUACGGUUGCCAUACAAGAAGCAGAGAGCGCCAGCUAAAGGAAAUCGAACGAUAACGGGAGAGAGAGAAACCAGCAGAAGAGCUGGAGCACACUCGAUAAAAAAUUAUUAGCAAAAACAUAAAUACGUAACGGUUUCGGCUCUCCACCACAUUGCCAUCGCUGCCUGCCGAGAGAGUGCGAGUGAGCGGUAGGAAGGGAGAGAGCAUCGAAUUGGGAGAGCAAGAGAGCAGUAGCGAGCGAGAGAACAAGGGAGCCAGUGAGUGGGUAGGUCAGUGGCAGUGGGCGGUCUGCCAGCUGUGGCAGCCACAACACCAACGCCAGCGCUAGAGUCAACGUCAAAUUUAAAAGGGCAGCAAAGGGCCAAAUGUCCUGUACCAUUUCGGAGCUGCCUAGUGGGUGUCGACUACGCGGCGGAAUGACUGCAUCCACACCACAGAGCGCUGCUAACAAUGGCGCCAAUGGCGGGGGCAAUGGCAACGGAAACAACGGUAACGGUAACGGGAAUGGGAAUGGCAACGGCAACGAAGAAGGGGGCAGCGAAAGUGCCGUUUCCGUGUCCGUGUCAGUUGGGGGCGGCGGCGUCACGGCAGCCAGUGCCACCUCGAAUGAGCUGCAAGAGUCGAAUGCGGCAACGUUGCAGCGGCCGCAGUCGCAGGAGCCAUGCUGCUUCUGCUGGUGUUGCUGCUGUUCCUGCUCCUGGGGAAAAUGUCUGGCCAUCAAGAAUGCCGAUGAAAAUGCGACCACAAAGCGUGAUCUCGCUAAUUCCGAAUUCCUAGACGGCGAACAACCCACAUUGGAGGAAAUCCGUAGCUGGGGCAAGAGCUUUGACAAGCUGAUGAAGAGCUCAGCUGGUCGAAAGGUAUUUCAGAACUUCCUGCGCAGCGAAUUCAGUGAGGAGAACAUAUUGUUCUGGCUGGCCGUCGAGGACCUCAAGAAGGAGAACAGCGCCGAGGUGGUCGAAGAGAAGGCGCGCCUGAUAUACGAGGACUACAUCUCGAUCCUGUCGCCGAGGGAGGUGUCGCUGGACUCGCGGGUGCGCGAGAUCGUCAACCGUAACAUGAUCGAGCCCACGACGCACACCUUCGACGAAGCUCAAAUACAGAUCUACACUUUAAUGCACAGAGACUCAUAUCCGAGAUUCCUAAACUCUCAAAAGUUCAAGACACUCGCUCAAAUGCAAGACAAUUCUAAUGCCGGCUCUAAGCCGGAAAGUCCCACUUAGAUCGCAUCGGAUCGUUGUCAGU